AGGAGAGCGGCUAGGCCACCACGUUUCCUGUCCUUCAUGCCGGUAUGAACCCGCGACUGCGGCAUUGGCGAGAGGCGGCUACGCUGCUGCUGGCGGCCGGGAGCGGGGCACCGGCCCGGGCGGUGCGCUCCCCGCUACGCCCCUUUGACUACGAGAUGUUGUUGCUGCAGCGGAGCCCUCGGAGCGGCUUCCUGCCCAGCGCCCAUGUCUUCCCGGGCGGCCUGCUGGAGGCAGCCGACUUCUCCGCUGACUGGCUGGGGCUGCUGCCUGCUUUACCCCGCUGCGGGCUGGGCUCUGUGCGGCCGUCGCCGCCGGGCGGUAACCGAGCUCCGGUCUUUGCCACCGACCGGGCUGGCCUUGGCUCGCCGCUGCCGGGGGACGUGGCCUUCCGCAUCUGCGCCAUCCGGGAGACCUUCGAAGAGGCGGGCAUCCUGCUGCUGGUGUCGGGCCCCGGCCCCUCCUCUGAUCCCGGCCCGGCCCGCUUGCUGCCUCAGCACCACCUGCCGCCGGACCCGGAGCUCGCCGAGUGGCGGCGACGGGUGCAGCAGGACCCGGCCUGCUUCCUGCAGCUCUGCCGCUACCUGCGCUGCGUCCCCAACAUUUGGGCGCUGCACGAGUGGGGCAACUGGCUGACUCCGGUGCCCAGGGCUGGCCGGGGCGACCGGCGUUACGACACUGCCUUCUACCUGUGCUGCCUUGAGGAACGGCCUCCGCACACGUCGCAGGACGAGCAGGAGGUGACAGGCUUCCAGUGGUCAACCCCUCCAGAAGCUAUUGAACUCUUUAAGUCUCAAGAAAUAUGGUUUGCUCCACCUCAGUUCUAUGAAUUAUGUAGGCUGUGCAACUUUACUUCACUUUGUGACCUGCAUAGAUUUGGUUCCGACCGUGCUUUAGAAGGGUGUGAACGUUGGAUGCCUGUUGUUUUGGCUGCUUCAGAUGGCUACAUUCAUCUGUUACCAGGAGAUGAGCUGUAUCCGAAAGAUCCAGAUUAUACAGGAGAAAAGAAACUUUUUUUGUCAACAGAUAAGAAGGUUGAAGAGCUAAUGAAAGAAGACAGUACGCUUCACCGAGUUGUAAUACAAAACCUUAACAAUCUUAGUGUCCAUGUUAAUAUCCAACCAAAAUAUAAACACAUCAAUCCACUAAAGAUGGACUCUAAUAUAGUGGGAAGUAAUGCAGAUUGCAAUAGCAGACUAUAAUAUGUCAUCUCUUUUAAAUUCAGCCCUGGAGGAUGAAGUCUUCAUUUGCGAAAGAACAGGUUAGGUACAUCAUGGGUAUCAACAGUACAAGCUUCUUUAUGUUGCCAUGCCAGUGUAUCUCAAACAAGAUCAGGAGAGGCUACUUUUGGUAAGAGGAGGGUUCAGACUUCAUAUAUAUUUAAUGCUUUGAAACUGAACAAAUGUGCCAGUUGUGAUGUGGACACAUGCCCACUGAGAACUUGAUGUAAACUACCAACUUAAUUCAUGUUGUUCACCAAAGAGCCAUUAUAUGGUAAUGAUAUUUGGCCAUUGCCAAUUUAUGUAAUAAAAGUGGACUAAUCUGUAACCCAUGUCCCUUGAACAAUUCAGUUUCCUUUUCUCAUUGAGUACUGAAAUAUUCUUGUCGUACUCAGAAUUUAGCUAGCUCUUCUAUUCUGCUUCCAAAAGAUAUCUUUUAGAUGACACUGUUAAUGUGUCUAGAAAUGUAAUUGAAGGAGUUUUACAUUGUAUGACUGCAUUUCCUACUCUCAUCUUUGGGAAUCUCCACAUGUGUUCAUUAAGUUAAUUUAUUUGCCAACAUUAUUUUGUUUUUAAUUGUUUAAUAAAUGUUUAUUUUCAAUA